UUUCGGCGCGGCUCGGCUCGGCUCGGCCGCUCGGCUCGGCUCGGCUCAGCUCGGCGUCUCGGCUCGGCCCGGCGGCUCGGCUCGGCUGGGCUGCGCGGCCGCGGACUGACGGACGGGCGUGCGCGGGGGGCGCGGGGCGCGGGGCGCGGGCCUCGGCGGCGGCGGCGGAAGCCUGGUGCCCCCGCCCGCCCGGUCCUCUCUGAGAGCUGAGGCAGCGCCGCCGGCCGGGUCGCAGCGGAGCCGGGCGCGGGGGGCGGCGGCGCGGGGAGGCGCGGGGGGCGCGGAGCGAGCGCGGCCCGCCCGGGCGCCGCCGACCCGGCCCAGCGCACGGACGGACGGACGGACGCGGACGGACGCGGCCCCUCCCUGCCGCCGCCGCCCGCCCGCCCGGGGCUCCCACCUCGCCGGUGCCGGGCCCGGGAGCGAUGACAUCGACGGGGAAGGACGGCGGCGGGGCGCAGCACGCGCAGUAUGUGGGGCCCUACCGGCUGGAGAAGACGCUGGGCAAGGGGCAGACAGGCCUUGUGAAGCUGGGGAUUCACUGUGUCACGUGCCAGAAGGUGGCUAUUAAAAUUGUCAACCGGGAGAAGCUCAGCGAGUCUGUGCUGAUGAAGGUGGAGCGGGAGAUUGCCAUCCUGAAGCUCAUCGAACACCCUCACGUUCUAAAGCUGCACGAUGUUUAUGAAAACAAAAAAUAUUUAUACCUGGUGCUAGAACACGUGUCUGGUGGGGAACUCUUCGACUACCUUGUCAAGAAGGGGAGGCUGACCCCCAAAGAGGCCCGGAAGUUCUUCCGGCAGAUCAUCUCUGCGCUAGACUUUUGCCACAGCCACUCUAUAUGCCACAGGGAUCUGAAGCCAGAGAACCUCCUACUAGAUGAGAAAAACAACAUCCGGAUCGCCGACUUCGGCAUGGCGUCGCUGCAGGUUGGCGACAGUCUGCUGGAGACCAGCUGCGGAUCGCCCCACUACGCCUGCCCCGAGGUGAUCCGGGGGGAGAAGUAUGACGGCCGCAAGGCGGACGUGUGGAGCUGCGGCGUGAUCCUGUUCGCCCUGCUGGUGGGGGCUCUGCCCUUCGAUGACGACAACCUGCGGCAGCUGCUGGAGAAGGUGAAGCGGGGCGUGUUCCACAUGCCACACUUCAUCCCGCCCGACUGCCAGAGCCUGUUGCGGGGCAUGAUCGAGGUGGACGCGGCCCGGCGCCUCACGCUAGAGCACAUUCAGAAACACAUAUGGUAUAUAGGGGGCAAGAACGAGCCAGAGCCAGAGCAGCCCAUCCCCCGCAAGGUGCAGAUCCGCUCGCUGCCCAGCCUGGAGGACAUCGACCCCGACGUGCUGGACAGCAUGCACUCUCUGGGCUGCUUCCGGGACCGCAACAAGCUGCUGCAGGACCUGCUGUCCGAGGAGGAAAACCAGGAGAAGAUGAUUUAUUUCCUUCUCCUGGACCGGAAAGAAAGGUACCCGAGCCAUGAGGACGAGGACCUGCCCCCCAGAAAUGAAAUAGACCCUCCCCGGAAGCGUGUGGACUCCCCAAUGCUGAACCGGCACGGCAAGCGGCGGCCUGAACGCAAGUCCAUGGAGGUGCUCAGCGUGACGGACGGCGGCUCCCCGGUGCCCGCGCGCCGGGCCAUCGAGAUGGCCCAGCAUGGCCAGAGUAAAGCAAUGUUCAGUAAAAGCCUGGAUAUCGCUGAAGCCCACCCCCAAUUCAGCAAAGAAGACAGGUCCAGGUCCAUCAGCGGCGCCUCCUCGGGCCUGUCCACCAGCCCGCUGAGCAGCCCCAGGGUGACCCCUCACCCCUCUCCAAGGGGUAGUCCCCUCCCCACCCCUAAGGGGACGCCCGUGCACACGCCCAAGGAGAGCCCGGCAGGCACGCCCAACCCCACGCCACCGUCCAGCCCCAGCGUCGGAGGGGUGCCCUGGAGGACGCGGCUCAACUCCAUCAAGAACAGUUUCCUGGGGUCACCCCGCUUCCACCGCCGGAAACUGCAGGUUCCAACACCCGAAGAGAUGUCCAACCUGACCCCGGAGUCCUCUCCAGAGCUUGCCAAGAAGUCGUGGUUUGGGAACUUCAUCAACCUGGAGAAGGAGGAGCAGAUCUUCGUGGUCAUCAAGGACAAGCCCCUGAGCUCUAUCAAAGCUGACAUCGUUCACGCCUUCCUGUCGAUCCCCAGCCUCGGCCACAGCGUCAUCUCCCAGACGAGCUUCCGGGCUGAGUAUAAGGCGACGGGCGGCCCGGCGGUGUUCCAGAAGCCGGUCAAGUUCCAGGUGGACAUCACCUACACCGAGGGCGGGGCGGCGCAGAAGGAGAACGGCAUCUACUCGGUCACGUUCACGCUGCUGUCCGGCCCCAGCCGCCGCUUCAAGAGGGUGGUGGAGACCAUUCAGACGCAGCUCCUGAGCACACACGACCAGCCCGCCGCCCAGCACUUGUCAGACACCACUAACUGUAUGGAAAUGAUGACGGGGAGGCUUUCCAAAUGUGGUAAGAACCCCUCAUGCUCACCUGGGACCCCCCAGCUUGUCACCCCCAGCUGCAGCCUGCUCCUGGCAGGGUGCCGCCCCCGCCGCCCUGAGGGCUAUCCUGGGGUCCCUGUGUAUACGCGGGGUCCAGACGUGCACACUCGGGCCCACCCAGUCCCCCACCUCUGCCAGGAGCAGCCUCGGUCACCCACCCCCUAGGGCAGCCAUAGGCCCGGCCCUAGGAUCCAGGCAGGCCAGGAAGGGACCCCAGGGCUCAGAGCAGUAAAGCGUCCGCAUGCCCCAAGUUUGGCAAGGGUCCCGUGUGUGGGCUCUGGCCUGGGGUCUGGGCAGACUCCAGACCUGGGCAGGAGGCUGGUGGGAAGCUUUCUGUCCACUGGAGGGGGUGACAGUGUGCUGUGCAUGCACAGCGCUGCUCUGGGCUGGCGGCAUCAGGUGUAAGAAGUAGAGCAGAGCAGAGGCAUCAGGACAGAGAAGAGGGCCCCCCAGGUGGGGGUGGUCAGACCAUUUCUGCCCUCUUCCUCUUGCCCUCAGGACAUUCCCUCUGGGAUCAGGGCUCCCAGUCUGGCUGCCUGCCCCCAGCCCUCCCACACCCAAGCCCUCCAUGCCUGUCCACCCAUCCGUCCAUCUGUCUGUCUGCUGCUGACCCCUGUGUCCAUG